CGCGGGAGGGCAAAACGUGGUUUGGAUUGUGUGCGGAAAGGAAGCUUUUCUGGGAGGGUAUACGUUGCGCCACAGCGACUGACAAAAAAAUGGCCGGCGACUGGAAGCCUGGUGAUCUGAUUUUUGCCAAAAUGAAGGGCUAUCCCCACUGGCCAGCGAGAAUCGAUGAAGUCCCAGAUGGCGCUGUAAAGCCAUCCAACAUCAAAUUACCCAUCUUCUUCUUUGGUACCCAUGAAACUGCCUUUCUUGGCCCCAAAGACAUCUUUCUGUACCAGCCCAACAAGGAGAAGUAUGCCAAACCCAACAAGAGGAAGGGUUUCAACGAAGGACUGUGGGAGAUUGAGAACAACCCCAAAGUGGAGCUGACGGCACCCAAGCCGAUUCGUCCUGAAAUUUUGUCUGAGAAGGAUUCAGACGCUGGCCUAGAGAGGCAGGAUGAGGCAGAUGAUAAGGAAAGAAAUUCAUCAAAAGUUCCAGGAAGGGAGGCAGAGGUGGAGGAAGAAGGGCCUAUGAUCUCUGAGCAGGUUCUUCAGAAGCAGGAUGAUUUAGCCCAGGUGGAGGCUCCUAAACCGAAGAGAGGACGAAAAAGAAAGAAUGAGGGUGAGCGGGAGGCUGAGGCAGCGGAAGCUCCCCCGGCGAGUCCAGUCAGUCCUGCUGGUGGGGAUGCACCCAAACGACGAGGCAGGAAGCCCAAAAGUGAAAAAUUGCUUAAGCUGCAGCAACACGACCGGCCAGGAUCAGGGAGUGAAAUAGACAUGGCCGAGUCGGACAAAAAGAGGAAGAGGGUGGCGGAGGACAAGUCCAAGACCCUCGAGGAGGACAAGCGAAGGAAGGAGGACGUCAAGGCGAAGGACGGCGAGGGGAAAGAGCCCGAGACCAAGAAGAAGAAACAGUCCAAAGACGGCAGCUCCUCGGGUGCCUCGGAUGAUGACGAGGCAAGUGUGUUCACCAGCCAAUCACAGAAAAACAAAAGCAGGAAAAAACAUCAGAACGCUGACAUGGACAAGGACGCACGCCGGCGGAAAGAGGAAGCAAACAAAGAUGAUUCCAAGAAAACCGAAGAGCGGUCAGGGGCCAAGAAAAAGGAAAUCUCCACAGAUGUGAAGCUCCAACGUCUGCACAGUGAAAUCAAGAUUUCGUUGAAGAUCGACAAUCCUGACGUGAAAAAGUGCCUGGACGCCCUGGAUGAGAUCAGCACCCUUCAGGUGACCACUCAGCACCUGCAGAAGCAAAGCGAACUCAUCGCCACACUGAAGAAGAUCCGCAGGUUCAAAGCCAGCCAGGAUGUGAUGGACAAAGCCACCAUGCUGUACAACAAGUUCAAGAGCAUGUUCCUGGUGGGCGAGGGCGAGUGCGUGCUCAGCAAGGUGCUCAACAGGUCCUUAGCCGAGCAGCGGCAGCACGAGGAGGCCAAGAAGGGAACGCUGAGGAAAGCGGAGCAAGCGCAGGAAAACAACGCAGGCACAGACAAGGCAGGCGAAGGAGAUCAGAGCACUGAGGAGAGCAAGCAGGAGCCACGUGAAGAUGCCUCGCCGGGGGAGAACCUCAGUGCUCCCGUGUCCCAAGAGCUCUCCGCCUGACUUAACCCGACUGGUCCCUCAAGGUCUUCACACUGGGAAGUCCUGUCCAGUUGCUUGUGACUGAGCACCUUAACAGGUUUCCACGUUAAUGAGCUCUGUAGUCGAAGUUGCUGCUUCAAGUUACCAGUUCUUCAGUAGUCGUAGUAGUUGAAGACGACGCAGUUUGUCAGCUUUUACAGUUACUUAGGUAAGAGAAGAAAAUGUUUAAUUCCAAACAUUGUUCAUGUCUUUUUUAAAUGUGUGUGUAAAUAAGAGUUAUUUUUGUGCCUUUUGGUUUGCUCUGUUUCAGCGUCAAAUAAUAAAGUAGUGCACCGUUCU